AUGUCGCAGAAGCCUGCUCAGGCCAGCACGUCAGUGGGGCUACCGAAAACUCCGCAAUCAGACGUGAAGGGCGAUAUUAUAUUUGUCCGUCCCAUGAAGCCUUUGCGCGGGCGAGCACGCUUACAGAGUAACUGGAACCAAGCAGCAAAGGAGGCUGGUGCUGAAUCUGUACGCAUCUCCGACGAGAUCACAGAUGCCGAGAUUGGGCAGCAACUGCACAAGUUUAAAUACAUGGAGAGAAAAUAUCAUUUUGAAAAUCUUGGUCUCCAGACAAUUUUUGACGUGGAUACAGGGGCUUUCCUUGCAUGUGUCUGCAAAAAGUGUGACAGAGCAUCUCAAUGCGACUGUCAGACAGAAUCAGAAAUCACGAAUGAGAGGGGCCAUAAGUUAUUCGCAUAUAGCGGGGGACUUUUCGCAUUUCGUGCGCCGCAAGGAGCUGAAGUGAUCGAGUGCAACAAGCUCUGUAGAUGCAGUCUAACGUGCGGUAACCGCGUUGCUCAGAAGCCUCGUGAUGUCCCAAUCGAGAUUUUCAAAACAAAGCAGUGCGGUUGGGGUGCUCGCUGUCGUGUUGCACUACCAAGAGGAAAGGUCUUGGGAAUAUAUACAGGGACACUGGUACGGCGGGAAGAUGUAGACAACCUUCCUCCGGAGCACAUUGGUUAUGUUUUCGAUCUUGAUGGCACAGAGAUCCGUGGUCAACACAAUCCAGGAGAUAAAUUUUCGGUUGAUUCUUAUGAUUACGGCAACUGGACCCGCUUCGUUAAUCACUCAUGCGCCCCUAAUAUGAAGGUCUAUUGUGUCGUCUUUGACACCAUUCGAGAGGUAAAUAUGCCUUACGUGGCGUUCGUCGCUUCUCGAGACAUACCUGCCGGAGAGGAGCUCAAUAUUGAUUAUGAACCAAGCGCUGCCGAAGAAAUAGCUGCAGGCACUACCAAGCAAAAGCAAAAGAUGUCACCCACCGCGCUCUUAUGCAGAUGUGGCGCCGAACAGUGUAGGGGAUGGAUUAAGCAAUGA